CGGGCUUUUAUUUUUAACAUUUCCUCAUUACCAUACCAACCGGAAGUCAUCGUUUGUGCUGCUGGCAGAAUACCGGCCUCGUCAUUUACGGCUUCUUCCACUUCGCAGCACAUCUCCAGAUAAACGCUAGAGAUGUUGCUGUGUGCUCUGGUGGGUCUGCUGCUGCUGUUCUCCUGUCUGGAUGUGUGGUACUUCCUGCGGGGGGUGGUGGUGGUGGUGCAGGCCUGGUUCCAACCCCCGGUCUGGGAUGUCCUGGCAGAGCAGAGUGUUGCUGGGAGGGUCCUACCUCAUGACCUGGACUAUAUGGGUCACAUGAAUAACGCCAGAUACCUCCGGGAGUGUGACUUCGCCAGGUUCCACCAUUACAUGCGGAACGGGAUCUUUAAGGCCCUACGGACCCUGAAGGCCACCAUGGUGGUGGGGGCCUCCACUAUUCGCUACCGACGCUCGCUGGCUUUUGGGGAAGCAUUUGACUUGCGCACUCGCAUCGUGGCAUGGGACGACAAGUCAUUCUUUGUGGAGCAGCGGUUUGUCUCCCAGGGCGACGGGUUCAUCUCCGCGGUGAUGCUAUGCAGACAGAAUGUUCUCCGUAGCAACCCUGAGAGCAUCCUACAGCUGCUCUGCAAGAGGAAGGUGGAGAUCUGUGUGUUCAGCACUGAGGAUCAGCACUUCUUCAUCUCAGCCAGCAGCCAGGCCCUGAGAGCCCAGAGUGGACUAGAGGACAAGACUGGAGCGCAGGAAGACAAAGACAAGUGAUACACACAUUCCUUGAGUAGCCCUAACAUUACACAUUGUUGUGGCCCGGCCCCAAGCACACCUGAUUCAACGAAUCUGCUUAUCAUUCAGCUGUUGAUUAGUUGAAUCAGGUGAGGGCCUAGAGCUGACAUGACUGACAGCUCCCUCAGAAUACAGGAACUAAACUGACAUGACUGACAGCUCCCUCAGAAUACAGGAACUAAACUGAC